GAAAGGAGUACGUAACUGGAUCUCUCCCAGACUAUGUAACGCUGUGCUUCAUCAAAUCACUAAUAUCUGGGCGAUUGAAAUAUAGCGGGGCUGAACUAUCCAUGCCUGGAAGUGGACCCCCUCUCCAACGUUUAACUGGCGCUGCGGCUGUGCGUUAUUGUUGGCGUAGCUUCAUUUGUCAGGGCACAAGGUUUUAUUUUGACGGGACGCGAUUAGGAUGCUGUUGUUUGGAAGCCUAAACGCCAAUGCUGCAAGUUUCUCCGCGAAGUUCAUGCACUCUGUGCUCUUUCUGUUUUUGCUACUCCGACUGCCCCAGUCCAGCACACCUUUAAUUACAGGUACUGAAGCUAGCUGUGAAAACGAAGGGGAAGUAUUGCAUAUCCCCAACAUCACUGACAACCCUUGUAUCACCUGUGUGUGUCUGGACAAGAAGGCAAACUGUAAGCAGGAGAAGUGCCCAGCAGUGUCCGACGACUGUGCCUUGGUAGUAAAGCAGACAGGAGCCUGCUGUGAGCAGUGCAAAGGCUGCCAUUUGGAGCACCAGUCUUAUAACAGCUCAGAGACAUGGAUGACUUCCACCAAGCCCUGUGUCACCCACCACUGCCAGGAAGGUGUCAUCACAGAAGCCGUGGUGCGAUGUAUUGUCCACUGUAAGAACCCCAAGAUUCACCCCAAGAAAUGCUGCCCAUCUUGUCCUGGCUGCAUCUUUGAAGGCCAUUUAUAUAAAGAGCAGGAGGAAUUCCACCCUGAGGGACAACCCUGUAUCACCUGCUCCUGCACUGGUGGAAGAACAAUGUGCAGGAGGGAGGUGUGUCCUGUACUAUCCUGCCCCGCCUACCUCAGUCACACCCCACCUGGAAAGUGCUGCCCUAAAUGCUUAGGCCAGAGAAAAGUGUUUGACCUUUCAUUGGGAAGCUGCUUGUUCCGCAGUGAGGUCUAUGAAAAUGGCACCUCCUUUAAAUACGAUAACUGCACCUCCUGUACCUGCAAGGAUUCUACGAUAGUAUGCAGGAAGAGAUGCUCUAAGCCUGGAAGCUGCCAGAGAAGUUCAGACCACUGUUGUGAUGAGUGUCUGUCAUACAUGAAGGUGGAGGAUAUCAAGUACUGCCGUGUCAGGAACAAAGUCUACAGGGAUGGGGACCGAUGGUCAUCAGUGAACUGCACACUAUGUGCAUGCAUUAAAGGGACCAUAGAGUGUCACACGAAACAAUGUGUGCCAAUCACAACCUGCCCCUCGAAUAAAGUACUCAACAGGACUGGUUGCUGCCCCGUUUGUACUGAAAAACCUGGCGUGUGCACAGCGUUUGGGGACCCCCACUACAACACAUUCGAUGGGCGCACCUUUAACUUCCAGGGUACAUGCCAGUACGUGCUGACCCGGGACUGCUCACCAGCAGCCGCCUUCCAGGUGCUGGUGAGGAAUGACGCCCGCCGCACACGCUCUUUCUCCUGGACCAAGUCCGUGGAGCUGCAGAUGGCGGGUCUCAGUGUAGGUCUACACCAGCACCUCACUGUACGCCUGAAUGGCAGCCGCAUUGCCUUGCCGUACAGUGGAGCUGGAGUACACAUCAACCUGGACAGCUACCUACUUAAGCUCAGCACCAGUGCAGGAUUGGAGGUAACAUGGGAUGGGGACAGCUUUGUGGAGGUGGUGGCUGCACCUCACCUGAAGAACAGCCUCUGCGGUCUCUGCGGAAACUACAACGGGCACAAGCAGGAUGAUGUCAUUGGCGGUGAUGGUCACUUCAAGUUUGAUGUGGAUGAGUUUGCUGAGAGCUGGCGGGUGGAAAGCAAUGAGAUCUGUAAUCAACCUCCGCACAAGCCCACCCUCCACCUGUGCCCUGGUUUGGUCAAGGUCAAACUCCGUGCCCAUCGUGAAUGCCAGAAGCUCAAGUCCUGGGAGUUUGAGAAGUGUCACCCUGUGGUAGACUUCCUGCCGUUCUACAGGUCCUGUGUCACAGACAUGUGUGAGUGUCCCGUGCACAAGAACUGUUACUGUGAAUCCUUCAUAGCCUACAGCCGUGCCUGCCAGAGAGAGGGUUCGCCGGUGCUCUGGAAGCCUGAGCAGAACUGCAUGGCCACCCAAUGCAAACACGGUGCUGUUUAUGACACUUGCGGUCCUGGCUGUGCCAAGACAUGUGAUAACUGGAAUGAGAUUGGGCCCUGCAACAAGCCCUGUGUGGCUGGCUGCCACUGCCCCGCUGACCUGGUGCUUUUCCAAGGCCGCUGCAUCAGGCCAAUUCUGUGCCCUGGGCAGUGACACUGACUGCCAUGGUUGUGCUGUGGAUGGGGGGGGGUCAUGUGGGACAGUGGACUAGGAUUUGUGUACUGUGGGGGAGGCGACAUAGUGAAAGACCAGGAGACAGGAGGAAGACUGGGCAUCUGCUGUUUACCUGAAACUACCUCAGCUAAAGUAACGUGGAUGUGCAACCUUACUGUGACAUAAAUCCUCCCCACCACCAUCAUAUCAGUACCACCAGAAUGGCACAUUUUCUCCCCGGAACUGUAGUCUAUUACAAAACUUCCCUGAAUAAAAGAUCCACAGAUGUCUGCCUCCACAAAGUAAAGGUAAUAUGCUCUGUGAGCUUAGAUAGUCUGUUGUCGAAAUGGUGCUUUAAAAAGCAACAAUGAGAACAUUAGGGUGGAGCAGUAGAGGUGGAACCAUUAUUUUUUAAGAUAAUUUUAAAAAUAAUAAAAGGUUUGGGGAGGAGAUGAAGUGAAUCAUCCAACUUCUUGACCAGGAAUAUAGCAAAUGGUCCACCUAAUUAAUAUGCCAUAACAAGAAGAAUCUAGUCAACAUAUGCUUAUAUUGCCAUUUUAAUUUAUGUAUCAUAAAUGUACCAUUGUAGCAAAUACAAAAUCAUAAAUAUUGUGAUUUGAUAUGGGUAAAUAUAUAUUUGUCCUGACAUUCAGUUCUGGUUUUUAAAAAGUUGGAUUUUUUGUAGCAGUAACAAAGAUUAACUCAUUUUGUAAAGUGUACAGAGUAAUCUUGUGUUUAUAUUGUGUUUUUUUUCUUGACAGUUUACAGUUUGGCUCUAUUCAGUGAAGCCACAGUUAUUAGAAGUAUUGUGAUAAUUUAAGGUAUUAGUAUUCAGUUCAGUUACAAAUUAGAAGUAUAUAUAAUUAUUUAGCAUUAUAUGUAAUUGUUUUUCAUGUAAAUAAAAAGUUAUUGACUAUACAUCACAUUAUCCCAUUCAUUGCCCGUCAGGAACUCUAGUAGUGGCAAUACAAAUGGCUUCAUGGGGUCUGAACCUCAAAUUUAUUUUAUUGAAACAAUUUCUGGAUUUUGAUAUGGAAUUAAAUGCUCAUGCCAUGUUCUACUACUGACCUUUUUGCACCUCUCAUGGCAUCGGCCUUUCAGAUUUAUGCUUUAUUCCAAUAAAUGUUCUUGGCUUGUGUGUUUCUUAGUUUCCCCCAGCAGUCUCAUCUGAUGGAUUCAAAAUUAGCAAAACUUACGAGAAAAUGUAGGAGAAAAGGUCAGCAAAAAUAACAGCCUCCC